AUGCUGUGGCGGCCAAUUCAACGUCGGCUUCCGCUUGCCCUGAGGCAUCGUGACAUUAUCCGAUGUCGGCCAUUGGUGCUCGUGUUAUCUGCCGGCCACGCACGUCGACUGUCCAAUGAUUCAAGUAACUCUCCAACCUCCUCUCAGUUUAACCGGACUGAUUUCACAAACCAACCAUUUACUGGAAGCUAUGAGCCUGGGCUCCCGACUUCAGGACCCCUUGGCUCAACUCCAGCAUUUGGCGCGCCGCGGAUUACACCGAAAGUUCUGAAGCAGUAUCUCGAUCAAUAUGUGGUGGGGCAAGAUCGUGCAAAGAAAGUAUUGAGUGUAGCGGUCUACAAUCAUUACCAACGAGUACAGGAAAUUGCACGGCGAGAGGAGGAAGCCGAGGAGCUUUUAGCAAAGCGUCAGCGCAAGGAAGCGUUGGAGAGUCAUCCUUUGGAAGGCAUGUUGCCUGGGUCCCACCCCACUACUAUAACCCUUUCUAAUCAUCGUCGCGGGUUAGAUGAAUACCCAGGCCAGCAACGGGCAGUUGGCUUGCCGUCAACACCCAAAUCUCGCCAGGCUACGCCUCUAGACCAGACCGAGCUUGUCGAUACAUCCCCGCUUCAACUGGAGAAGUCCAACAUUUUGCUCUUGGGCCCUUCGGGCGUGGGCAAGACACUAAUGGCUAAAACCCUCGCCCGUGUUCUAUCAGUACCGUUCAGUAUUUCUGAUUGUACGCCCUUUACACAAGCUGGUUAUAUAGGCGAAGAUGCAGAAACCUGCGUGCACCGACUGCUCGCGGCAGCCAACUAUGAUGUGGAGCAGGCGGAACGUGGGAUAAUUGUCCUUGAUGAAGUGGAUAAAAUUGCGGCCGCCAAAGUUAGCCAUGGGAAGGAUGUCGGUGGCGAAGGAGUGCAGCAGGCACUGCUAAAGAUUAUUGAAGGCACUACGGUGCAAGUCCAGGCCAAACCGGAGAAGAAUCCUCGCACAACCAGCCCUCCAAACUCAUACCCAUCCAACAGCCCUCUAGGAAAUACUCCAUUCCAGCCACAUAGCGGAGCUCCACCCACCAAGGGUGAGGUCUACAAUGUCCGCACAGACAACAUCCUUUUCAUUUUCUCCGGCGCUUUCGUUGGUCUUCACAAACUGGUCAUGGAUCGAAUUUCCCAUGGAUCGAUGGGCUUCGGGCAGCCCGUUCGUUCUCAUGAUGGAGCUGGUCCUUCGGACACUUCUUCCACAGAACCUCUUGCCAUUCUCCCCGGCUCAGAAGAAGAAGCAUUGUACAAAAAACACCUCCCUUUCUUUACGUCUGCAUCCCCCGCAUCAAGCAACGAACCCACAUAUUUCAACGCACUGGAUCUUUUAACCCCAGCAGAUAUGCAAUCCUACGGCUUCAUCCCGGAGUUGAUUGGCCGAAUUCCGGUCACCGCAGCCCUCUCAACACUAACUCAGCCCUUGCUUCUACGUAUCCUCACGGAGCCCCGAAACUCCUUGCUAGUCCAAUACACGACCCUAUUCUUCCUCUCCGGAAUUGAACUGCGCUUCACUACCCCGGCUUUGCACACAAUCGCAUCAAAUGCGUUUAAAAUGGGAACAGGGGCUCGUGCACUGCGAACAGAGAUGGAGACAAUUCUCAGUGACGCAAUGUUCGAAGGCCCAGGAUCAAGCGUGAAAUUUGUCCUCGUCACUGAGGCCGUUGCCAAUCGUGAGAAAAAACCUGAAUAUCUUGCCCGUGGCCAGGGUGGUCGGUUCCAUGCUUUGAUAUCAGCGGAAGAAAGCAAGUGGGAGGAGAAGACCAGGCCGGAUAAGAAAGAAAAAAACAAGAAGAAUGGUUCGCCGAACGAUUCUGGCGAGCAUCCGGCAAACUUUAGGGAAUAUCGCAAACGGGCGGUUGGGUAA